GCUCGCUCGCUCGCCCGCCCGCCCGCCCGCCCGCCUCGCCGCCCCCAUCCGUCUCCUCGCCGCCGCGUGAGCCGCGCCCCACGCCCCGCGCGCCCCCCUCUCCGGCCCGCGACAAAGACCCGGGAAAGUUUGCGCGGGCGAGCGCGGGCCAGGUGCGGAGGGCGCGCCCGCGGAGCGCAGCGAGCCCCGCGCGGCCCCGGCGCGCCCAGAGGCCAGCGCCCGCAGAGCCGGCGGAGGCGGCCGAGCCCCGCGCCCCGCGCCCCGCGCCCCCGCCCGCCAUGGGCUCCGCGGCCCGCAGCCUGCGGCUCGCGCUGGGCCUGAUGCUGCUGCUGGGGACGCUGCUGCGCCGGGCCGACGCCUGCAGCUGCUCCCCGGUGCACCCGCAACAGGCGUUUUGCAAUGCAGACGUAGUGAUUAGGGCCAAAGCGGUCAGCGUAAAGGAAGUAGACUCCGGGAACGACAUCUACGGCAACCCCAUCAAGCGGAUUCAGUAUGAGAUCAAGCAGAUAAAGAUGUUCAAAGGACCUGACAAGGACAUAGAGUUUAUCUACACGGCUCCUUCCUCUGCUGUGUGCGGGGUCUCUCUGGACAUCGGAGGGAAGAAGGAAUAUCUCAUUGCAGGAAAGGCCGAGGGGAACGGCAAGCUGCACAUCACCCUCUGUGACUUCAUCGUGCCCUGGGACACCCUGAGCACCACCCAGAAGAAGAGCCUGAACCACAGGUACCAGAUGGGCUGUGAGUGCAAGAUCACGCGCUGCCCCAUGAUCCCGUGCUACAUCUCGUCUCCGGACGAAUGUCUCUGGAUGGACUGGGUCACGGAGAAGAACAUCAACGGACAUCAGGCCAAGUUCUUCGCCUGCAUCAAGAGAAGCGACGGCUCGUGUGCGUGGUACCGCGGCGCGGCGCCCCCCAAGCAGGAAUUUCUCGAUAUCGAGGACCCGUAAGCAGGCCAACAGCAUCCCCUUUGGCCAACGGAAGAGCCUCCAAGAGUUUAGACUGGUCCAGCUCUGACAUCCCUUCCCGGAAGCAGCAUGAAUAAAAUAGUCAUCCGAGCGGGUCUAUAUUGGUGUGAUUCUCCUCCCGCCCCCCCCCCACUUCCCCUUUACAAACAUGGUUGCGGUCCCACGCUCCAUCCGCCAGCCUGGGCGGCGUGCGUCCCGGCCUCCCACCCUCGGGUGCGGACGGGAGUGGGACGCACGGCCCGGCCACUGUCACAAACACUGAGCAGACAGCACUUAGGAGUCGCCCAGGCCUGGUCAGGGCAGAGCCUGGGAACGUGCGUUUUGCAGAAACUUUCGAGGGUCGUUGCAAGACUGUGUAGCAGGCCUACCAGGUCCCUUUCGUCCUGAGAGGGGCAUGUCCCUCGUUUCCUGCAGCCUCCACGCCUCUGGCCCCAGGGUGGCAGUCCCCACCCUUUGCAAGUGCCCCGGCCUCCUCGGUGCCCAUCACGGGCUCCCAUAAGUACAGGAGGAGCCCUGGACCAGUGGCUUCCUCCUGCAGGAGCCCCGCUGACCCUGAUGAUCAGCAGAAUUGCAGUGAGAGCCACGCUCCAGGGCCUUUGCGGCGUGGGCGACAAGCUUCAGCUUCAGUCCUGCCCGCCCCCCCCCCCACACCCCAACUCUGGGGGAGUCUGUCGCAUUCUGCCCUGAGGGCAGGCACCGGGGGGACUCACGGCCGCCCUUACAGUUUACUCCCAGGCGUCCGAAGUCCCUCCGGCUUCCCCCUCCUCGUCCCGGCCUCGAGCGCACAGGUGAGUGGCGCACGUCGGCUUUGCGAGGGGUCACGUGCGCCCGGCGCACUGGGCUGGCUGUGCCCCCCCCCACACACACACCGCAGAGCCCCUCCCGGGCGGGUGUGACCUCCCUCAAAGACAGACGUUCGCCGGGCUGUGCACGGAUUCCUGUGAGUGAAGUUAGCCGGGCCUGCCGGGAAGGGGGAAAUGGACGGGGGGUGGGUUCGGUGGGUCCCCUGCUGGGCCUCCGGAUGCUGUGGCCAACACCUCACGCUCCUAAAGACGAAUUCUCAGAUAAUACGUGAACCCAAGCGACAGCUGUACCAACUCGUACUUCUGUUUGUCCUGUUGGCGCUCUCAGUUGGAAAACAAAACAAAACAAAACAUCGUAGGGGACUAGAAAACCUGUCCUCUACCCGUGGCUUUCUGCUGCCCAUAAAAUAGGGGUUAACGCAGGCAGAAAUCUCUCAGUAACAAUAAAGGCAAUCUUUUCCUUCCUCCUUGUGUUGUCAAGAUGACCCGUGCCGAGUUGGCCACGCGAAUUGGGGAAGUGCACGCGCGUGCACUAAAACCGAAGUCUGUCGGCCGGUGAAUGGUCCCUCUGCAGAAUGCUUCCAAAGUCACCACGUUCUAAGCCUGCUCUGUUCUGCGGUGACCCCAAAACACCCCUAAGACUCCUGACCACCCCCCCGCCCCAAGCGGCAUGUCGGUCCCAUGCCUGCUGGGACCUGGUCAGCAUAGAUUUUGAUGACUUCCCUUUCUAGGGCAGACUAGAAUACCCAGGAAUCCGCCCUCGUUCCAAGGGUGCUUUCAUGCUGUGCAGUGAUAGAGAGUUUGUAAGAUGUCAUAAUGGACCAGUCCACGUGAUUGCAGUAUAUACGAGAACACCAGACCCCUCCAAUCAAUAUAACACCCCACCCCCGUUUGCUUCCUGUAUGGUGUUAUCAUAUGUAACAUUUACUCCUGUUUCUGCUGAUUUUUUAAAUGUCUUGGUUUGUUUCUGACAUCAGUUGUAAUCAUUCCUGUGCUGUGUUUUUUAUUACCCUUGGUAGGUGUUAGAGUUGCACUUUUUUUUUUUUUUUUUUUUUUUUUUUUUUGGUUAAGGUUUCUGCAUCGUGGAAGCAUUUGACCCAGAAUGGAAAGCAUAGCCUUUGAUGGUGGAUUCCUUCAGAUCUUCUGUUUCCUUCUUUGAGUAUGGUUGCUUUUUCCAUUUGCUACCUUUUUGUUCUCUGGUUCAAGUCGUGACAAAGUAAAAGAUCUUUGAGUAGGUUGGUUCUAAAACAUGGCCUUUCUGCUUAAUCCACACACGUUGGUUCUUCUAGCCAUGCUGAGCGGGGAAACAGAAACAGAAACAAAAAACAAUCAAGAUGAAGUGCCCGGUGGCAGCCAAGAGACAAAGCCACGCAAAUACCGUCAGAGUAAAUAAUUGCAACAUGUAUGUAGUUCGAGAAGGCUCUCCAUUCGGCAUUGUCUAAUUUAUGUGUUAUGUUCUAAGCACUGCUCGUUCCUCCCACCAUUCUUGUCUGCAUUCAAGCAACUCAAAAUAUUUAAAAUGAAGUUUACAUUGUAGUUAUUUUCAAAUCUUUGCUUGAUAAGUAUUAAGAAAUAUCGGACUUGCUGCCAUAAUUUAAAGCUUUGUUUGAUUGUGUUUGUUUUUGCUUGGUUUUGUUUUGUUGUUGUUGUUUUUUUUUUUUUGGUUUUGUUGUUUUUUUGUUUUUUUUGUUUUUUUAAUUUUUGGGCAAUGUGUUUUUGCUGGAAUAUGAAGUCUGAGACCUUCCUGUGCUGGGAACACGUAAGAGCUGUUGAACGUUGACAAGCAGACUGCGCAUGUCUCCGAUGCUUUGUAUCAUUCUUGAGUGAUCGCUCGGUCAAUGGACAAUAAACAGUAUUAUCAAGAA